AUGCUUCCUCUGCGUCUCUGGUCACGCGUCUCUGCCUUCCACUCUAGCCUAUCGCGUCGCGUGCGCCUCGUUCAACUGUGGCAAACGUGUUUGUGCUCGGUCACAGUGAGAAAGAGAAAAGAAGGUCACACAAAGAAUUCGCGUUUUCUUUCCAAUUUUAUUAUAUUAUAUUUUAAAACAGUGUUUAAUUCUAGAUGUUAGGAUUCAUUAUUUCAGCUGAAAACACGAAGAGAAUCGGCUGAAUCGCCGAAACUCCAACCUUCAUCCCACCAUGACUAAUGCAUUUUCGAUCGUUUUAUGGAACACUUUGUUGUUUUUGUUGUCACUCUCUCUUUUAGGACAUAUCUCGUUAUAGAUGGAUUGCACCGGUUUUCAAUCAUUUUACGGAUGUUUUUUUUGUAAGUACAUGAUUUUCGCCAAACACUGACUCACUUUAAAAAAUACAUAUGUCAGGUCUUUUUUGAAAUCCAACUAAAAUGACCGGAAGUCUUUUGGAAUGACGAAACGCUUUGAUUUUGUUCAAGUUCAAACUGUUUCUCCAUCCUGAAAACACGAAAAUACUAACAAAUGAAUAGUUCUUGUGUCAUGUCUUACGACUCGGAUAACAGACCAACCAUCGUUAUCAAGGACGCUUAGUGCUGGCAACAUAGAGGGGGGUGCACUCAGAAGUGGGCGGAGUCGUGGCGACCGCGCCCACUCCUUUGGCCGCCUUCUUUUCUCCCGCCAAUUACGCUCUUCACACUCAUUCCGCUUUAUUUUUUCCGACGAUCCGAUCCAAUCUCAAUCAAAUCAUGUCCACCAAGAAGAAGAACCUUAUCGUCAAGCUUCUCAAGUUUGUCGGCCGAGGAAGUGAGUUUUUAUUUCAUUUUUCUUUAUUUUGUUCAUGAUAAAAUUUCUCAUCUUAAAGCCAGAAACACACAAAAAAAUACUGAUACCUUCAAAUUCAAAUUUUGAAACUUUUUGAUAUUUAUUUUGUAUUCAUGAAGUCCAGCUAAAAAGGUACAUUAGGGAAUUCUCUUCCGAAACCAUUUGGAAAAAUAGGUUAGGAUUCUUAGGUUCAAUUUGAAACCCUUCUCAGAACCUGUCCAGUUUUCAGAACAUUCAAAAAUGUGAAAAUUUCAAAACGAAAAAUCGAAAAUUUUCUAGUUUACUUUUGAAACAUUUGUUCUACUGGGAAACGUGAGUAUAGUCAACUUUUUCCCUCUAGACUCCGAAAUGUUAGUUUAGUCGUUGUUCAUCUAGCCUUACUGUUUGGCACGUGCUUCCCUGUGAGAAAGCUCGUGAAUAUCGAUGACUUAUGUUUGCGUGUUUGUUUAUUUCUGGUCUACGAGAUAAACGCAAUGUUUCCUUCUUGUUGUCAACAAAAAUCUUGAAAACAACCUCUUUUUGCAGACCAAGUACAAUCCUCCAAGACGUGCCUCGCGCAGAUUUACGAGGAGAGGAAAAAGCAACGCCAAAGGUUUUUUAUAUUUUACUUAUUGGGACUUUCGAUCAUUUUUCUUCUUCUUUUUUCUGUUGGUGUUGCUUCAUUUGCAGUGAAGCCAUCUGCUGCCCCCGCAUUCAAAGAAUCUUGAAUUAUUUAACGGCCGCUUAAGAUUCCGAAUAUUCCAGCUCCUCGGAGUGACGUAGUUCCCCUAUUCUAGCAGGUGUUCACGAGCGUGAACCAUUUUAGAUUUGAAUAAUUGAGUUUCCAAGUCCUUUUGAGGCUUAGCAGAUGUUAAAAUGACUUGAAAUUGAAACAUUUAGUUCAUUUGCAAGAUCCAGAGAUUUGCAGGUCUUCCACGUCGUCGCAUCUGUCGCACAUCGAACCGAUGCCAACGAUAUUCGAAGAAGACGAAUACGCCGCCUGCGAAGUCUGCGUCUGA